AUGCGCCAGUCGCGAACCUCCAACCCAAUUACGCCUAGAUCAGCUUCCUUAACAGCUUUAUUUAGGCACAUUGUAAGCGCCGCAGAUCGAAGUGCUGAUGAUAUUAGCACUUGGGAGACCAUACGUGAAAAGGUUCUCUGCUUUAUUAGAGAUAAGGUGUUUCCUCUUAAGGGAGAGCUACUAAAGCCACUGGACGAAAUGGAGAGGCAUUUAACUAAUAUGAUAAAGCAACGCGUUAUUGAGAGCUGUGGAGUCAGAGUCGUGAAGGGUGACAUCAAGCCCGUUCGCGGCGGAGAGUUGUGCGAUGCCGGAGCCCAUUUACCCGUCCCCCACCACCCCGAUGCUCUUGAUCUCUACCAUGUGUCAGCGUUAGUCUCCUUCACCACUACGGACCAAACUUAUAGUACUGAUCAGAAAGGAACGGAUAAUAACAAGAGAAAUUGA